AUGGCAGAGGCAACUAAAGAAUCUCACUUUAAAGGAGUGGACCUCCACCCUGAAUUCAACAACUCUAUGCACCACACCAGUGAAAUCUCACUGGAGGAACUGAUUGUGCGCCGAGGACAGCCCUUCAAACUGACCCUCGAACUGAAGCAACGGUGUGACCUAAACAUUCACCCGCUCGCCAUCUCUGUACAUACAGGAGAAUCUCCCACCGAGGAGCAGGGGACCCAAUCCUUAUUCAGCCUCCCAGAUAUCAUAAAACAAAAUCCAUUAGCAAAGGCUGUGUGGAAGGUGGAGCUUCACAAGGACGCUUCCCUGCUGAGGGGCCUCCUGGUCCUCACCGUUACCCCACCGGCCGACACCCCCAUCGGGAAAUUCAACAUGGUUGUGAAAUACAGGAAUGAAGAUAAGCCGCUGCCAAUGCUGGUGGUGCUCUACAAUCCCUGGUGCUCCGAUGACUGGGUGUAUAUGACGGAUGAGAAGGAGAUAGAUGAGUAUGUGAUGAAUGAAGAAGGAAUCAUCUACAAAGGAAGUGCUAGCCACAUCUUCCCCUGUAACUGGGACUUUGGACAGUUUGAGGACAAGAUGGUGGACAUUUGUGUGAAGAUUUUGGACCUCAACAUCAAACACGGUAUUGAUCCAGGGGACGACGUCUCUGCUCGCUGUAACCCCAUCUACGUUGGCCGUGUGAUCAGCGCCAUGAUCAACAGUCAAGAUGACGGUGGAAUCGUGGUAGGAUGUUGGGACGGUCGAUAUAAUCUCGGGUACAAACCGUCUCACUGGACCGGCAGUCACGCCAUCCUUAAGCGCUGGUUUGACAACUAUUCCCGCCCGGUCAAGUACGGCCAAUGCUGGGUGUUCGCCGGUGUGAUGUGCUCAGUGAUGCGCCUGCUGGGGAUCCCGUGCCGCGUGGUCACCAACUUCGAGUCCGCCCACGACAACAACAAGAAUCUGAUCAUCGACGUUUUUCACGCCGACUACGGAGUCAGAGAGCAACCGUCCCACGACAGUAUUUGGAACUUCCACGUGUGGACGGAGGCCUGGAUGAGGAGACCAGACCUGGCAGAGGACGGCAGAUAUGACGGCUGGCAAGUUCUGGAUCCAACGCCACAAGAGAAAAGCGAAGGUGUUUACUGCUGCGGUCCAGCUCCUGUCAAAGCCAUCCUGGAGGGACAGACAGACCUCAAAUAUGACAUCCCAUUUGUCUUCGCUGAGGUCAACGCCGACUGCAUCGACUGGCUGGUGAAAGCUGACAGGUCAAAGGUGAACAUCUUUUCUGACACCUCAAGAGUUGGUCAGAAUAUCUCCACCAAGUCUGUCGGCUCUAACAAGAGGCUCAACAUCACCGACAGCUACAAAUACAGAGAGGGAUCAGAGAAGGAGAGAUCGAUCUUUAAAUACGCCUUGACCAGAGUCUCUGGUGAUGUCACGAAGGAGGACGAGGAUUACGUGCCGGAAGAAAACGGAAUCCCCAUCAGCAGCCCAAAGCUAACUCCGCCACCGCCAGUGGCCCCGCCGACGGACGGUAAGGAUGUGAGAUUGAACCUGGUGCUUCAUUGUGAGAGCACCACUGCCCGGCAGGUGUCCAUCAACAUCAGUGUCAAAGCCAUGAGGUACAACGGCCAACUUGCUGUGAACAUCCAGAAUGAGGUUCAGGAGAAGAUGCUGCAGCCUGGGAUAGAUCUGUCCAUCCCUAUCCAGGUCCUGUUCUCAGACUACCAUAUACCCAUGGUGGAGUGUGACAGCAUGAAGGUUUCAGCUUUGGUCACAUGCAAAGAGAAUCCAGAUUGCUCAUACCUGGCUGAGGAUGACGUCGUGCUGCUUGACCCGCCCAUGACCAUUGAAAUUCCCAAAGAGACUUCCCUGUACAGACAGGUAACAGGGGAGCUGAAUUUCAUGAACCCAGUCAACGACACGCUGAAGCAGUGCACUCUGACAUUGUCUGGAAGCGGACUAUUCAGGGAUGAGGUUCAAUACAACCUUCCAAAUCUUAAGAAAGGCAACAGAGUACGUGUGCAGUUCUCCUUCAUUCCCUACAAGAGCGGUAAGAAGACUCUCAUGGCCGACUUCGACUGCUCCUCCUUCAGAGAUAUCAAGUGCAGCUCCACCAUCCUUGUCAAGCCGAGGCUUUACUGA